CUUUCUCUCCUCCUCUCUGUGUUCCCCUCCUCUCUCCAUUUCUCUUCUAUCUAACAACAAUGACAACAGCAAUAAUAACUACAAUGAUAAAGAACAACAAGGGCAACAAAAGAGAAAAUAAAAGAGAAAAGAUGAAAGAAACAAAAAAGAACUCUACACUUUCAGCAGGGCCUUGGACCUCAGCCUGAUAAAUAGUCUAUCUCUGUUGUCUCAGUUGUUUAACAGCCUGUGUCACAGUGUCCUUAUUAUGCCCUAUAAUUAAAAGAUCAGGUACAUAAGAAAAAAAAGAAUAACAUCUCUUUGAUAGCUGUAAUGUCUCCAAGCUUCAUCUGAGUCUGGUCUCUUGUGUUUUGCGCCAUGUGCACUUAACAUACUGCACUACCGCCCGACUCCUACUAGAUUUUUGUGGAUUCUUCGGUUGAAGAAAAAUUUAAAGGGUUGGAUAGAGAUGUCAGUCGAAUAUGUGGGCUUGGUAAUGUUCCUAAUAGGCAGGAUAACUCACUACAUGUUUCCAUAACCUCUUCUGUUUCCAUUGCACAGCUAGGGUGUUGUACCUUUUAUUCACCACAGUAUCUUCCAUCUAGGGUCCAUACUGUCCAGUGAAGAGGCUGUGCUGCUAGAUUUAAACAGAGUCUCAAGCUAUUGCUGUGAUUGACCUUCCAUUUUCUGGCCUGAAAGACAUUCAGGGAAUGAGGAAGAGAUGGCAGUUUCUUAGAAAAGAUAGAAGAACAUUCCACCUAAGGGCAGCAUAACUUGCAUGGCAGUAAACAAAGGGGCCCAUACUGUCCAGUGAAGAGGCUGUGCUACUAGGUUUAAACAGAGUCUCAAGCUAUUGCUGUGAUUGAUCUUCCCUUUUCUGGCCUGAAAGACAUUCAGGGAAAGAGGAAGAGAUGGCAGUUUCUUGGGGCUCAGUGAACUAUGAAGAUGUAACUGUGAUAUUCACUCAAGAGGAGUGGGCACUAUUGAAUCCUUCAGAGAAGAAACUCUACAGAGAUGUGAUGUGUGAAAACUUGAGGAACUUUCUUUCAAUAGAAAAGAUACAAGAACAUUCCACCAAAGGGCAGCAUAACUUACAUGGAAGUAAACAAAGUAAUACAACAGUAAAAAUCUCUGAGGGCAAAGACAGUCAGAAUGCUGGAAUAUCUCAAGAAUGUGAAGUAUACAGCAAAUUAUUCACUUAUCCUAUUCAUUUUCAAAAACACGUAAAACAACAUGGUGGAGAGAAACCCUAUGAAUAUAAACAAUAUAAUGGAACAUUUAAGAGAUCCAGUCAUCUUUGGAAACAUGAAAAAACUGACAGUGGAGAGAAACCCAAUGAGUAUAAACAAUGUAGUAAAACAUUCAGUCAAGAUGGUCAUUUUCAUAUACAUGAACGAAUUCACAGUGGAGAGAAACCCUAUGAAUGUAAACAAUGUAGUAGAACAUUCAGUCGUUCCAGUCAUCUUCAGAGACAUGAAAGAAUUCACAGUGGAGAGAAACCCUAUGAAUGUAAACAAUGCAAUAAAACAUUCAGUCGUUCCUGUCAUCUUCAGAGACAUGAAAGAAUUCACAGUGGAGAGAAACCCUAUGAAUGUAAACAAUGUAGUAAAACAUUCAGGCAAUCCAGUAAUCUUCGGGCACAUGAAAGAAUUCACAGUGGAGAGAAACCCUAUGAAUGUAAACAGUGUAGUAAAACAUUCAGUGAUUGCAGUACUCUUCGGACACAUGAAAGAAUUCAUAAUGGAGAGAAACCUUAUGAAUGUAAACAAUGUAGUAAAACAUUCAGUUUUUCCCGUAGUCUUCAGUUACAUGAAAGAAUUCACAGUGGAAAGAAACCCUAUGAAUGUAAAUUGUGUAGUCAAACAUUCACGUACUCCUGUAAUCUUCGGGCACAUGAAAGAAUUCACAGUGGAGAGAAACCCUAUGAAUGUAAACAAUGUAGUAAAACAUUCAGUCGUUCCAGUCAUCUUCAGAGACAUGAGAGAAUUCACAGUGGAGAGAAACCCUAUGAAUGUAAACAAUGUAGUAAAACAUUCGGGCAUUCCAGUCAUCUUCAGAGACAUGAAAGAAUUCACAGUAGAGAGAAACCCUAUAAAUGUAAACAAUGUAGUAAAAUAUUUAGUUCUUCCAGUAGUCUUCAGGCACAUGAGAGAAUUCACAGUGGAGAGAAACCCUAUGAAUGUAAACAAUGUAGUAAAACAUUCUGGCAUUCCAGUAAUCUUCGGACACAUGAAAGAAUACAUAGUGGAGAGAAACCUUAUGAAUGUAAACAAUGUAGAAAAACAUUCAGUUUUUCCAGUAGUCUUCGGUUACAUGAAAGAAUUCACAGUGGAGAGAAACCCUAUGAAUGUAAAUUGUGUAGUAAAACAUUCAGGCAAUCCAGUAAUCUUCGGGCACAUGAAAGAAUUCACAGUGGAGAGAAACUCUAUGAAUGUAAACAGUUAGGUAAAACAUUUGGGCAUUCCAGUCUUUUUCUGAGACAUGAAAGAAUUCACAGUGGAGAGAAACCCUAUGAAUGUAAACAAUGUAGUAAAACAUUCGGGCAUUCCAGUCAUCUUCAGAGACAUGAAAGAAUUCACAGUGGAGAGAAACCCUAUGAAUGUAAACACUGUAGUAAAACAUUCAGUCGUUCCAGUCAUCUUCAGAGACAUGAAAGAAUUCACAGUGGAGAGAAACCCUAUGAAUGUAAACAGUGUAGUAAAACAUUCAGUUAUUCCAGUACUCUUCGGACACAUGAAAGAAUUCAUAAUGGAGAGAAACCUUAUGAAUGUAAACAAUGUAGUAAAACAUUCAGUUUUCUCAGUAGUCUAUGGAAACAUGAAAGAAUUCACAGUGGAGAGAAACCCUAUGAAUGUAAAUUGUGUAGUCAAACAUUCACGUACUCCUGUAAUCUUCGGGCACAUGAAAGAAUUCACAGUGGAGAGAAACCCUAUGAAUGUAAACAAUGUAGUAAAACAUUCAGUCGUUCCAGUCAUCUUCAGAGACAUGAAAGAAUUCACAGUGGAGAGAAACCCUAUAAAUGUAAACAAUGUAGUAAAAUAUUUAGUUCUUCCAGUAGUCUUCAGGCACAUGAGAGAAUUCACAGUGGAGAGAAACCCUAUGAAUGUAAACAAUGUAGUAAAACAUUCGGGCAAUCCAGUAAUCUUCGGACACAUGAAAGAAUUCAUAGUGGAGAGAAACCUUAUGAAUGUAAACAAUGUAGAAAAACAUUCAGUUUUUCCAGUAGUCUUCGGUUACAUGAAAGAUUCAGUGGAGAGAAACCCUAUGAAUGUAAAUUGUGUAGUAAAACAUUCAGGCAACCCAGUAAUCUUCGGGCACAUGAAAGAAUUCACAGUGGAGAGAAACCCUAUGAAUGUAAACAGUUUAGUAAAACAUUUGGGCAUUCCAGUCUUCAGAGACAUGAAAGAAUUCAC